CAUUUCAGUGUAUAAAAAUAAGAGAAGGGAUAGAAAGUAGUGAGUUGAAUCCCGGACAAGAAAACAUAAUGAGUUCAGAAAAGUGUAUAGAUAGGAAGCACUAUGUUCUGGUGCAUGGGGCUUGCUAUGGAGCUUGGGUUUGGUAUAAGCUGAAGCCACGCUUGGAAUCUGCAGGCCACAAGGUCUCCGUGCUGGACCUUGCAGCUUCUGGCACCAACAUGCAGAAAAUUGAAGAUGUUCAUACUUUCUCACAGUAUUCUGAACCUUUGUUGCAGCUAUUGGCCUCACUUCCCCCAAAUGAGAAGGUCAUUUUAGUAGGUCACAGUCUUGGAGGGCUUAACAUCGCCCUUGCCAUGGACAAGUUCCCAGAAAAGGUUGCCGUUGGUGUUUUCGUAACUGCUGUAAUUCCAGACACUCAACACAACCCAUCCUAUGUCUUGGAAAAGUUGAUUGAGAGUACCUUGGGAACGAAUUGGUUGGACACUGAGUUCUUUAAGAGUGAAAAUAAAACGACAAUAGUGUUUGGUCCCAAAUUCCUGUCCAAGAAACUGUACCAAGCUUCUUCCAUUGAGGAUAUAGAAUUGGCGACGAUCUUAUUAAGACCAGGAUCCCUCUUUAUAGAAGACUUAUCCCAACAGACCAACUUCUCUAUGCAGGGAUAUGGCUCAGUUCCUCUUGUUUUUAUUGUUUCCACUGAAGACAAUGAAAUUCCACUCAAUUUUCAGCUCUGGAUGAUUCAAAAUGCUGGAAUUAAUGUGGAGGUUCUAGAGAUCAAAGCUGCAGACCACAUGCUUAUGAUUAGCAAGCCACAAGAACUAUCUCAUUCUCUCUUGCAUAUAGCUACUAAAUAUGCAUGAAUUCAUCCACCCUUUAUUUCUUCUCUUUUCUUCAAUCACUCAAACUUCUCAAAUAAAUUCUUCUUUUCUUUUCUUUAUAGAA